AUGGAUCUCUCUGUUUUGCCAAAUAACAACCAUCCUGACAAAUUCCUGCAGCUUGAUGUGAAGUCCUUAAUGAGGAGCUCAGCCCUUCUUCAGGCCAGCCUGGCACGGUUUCCGGGUGGCAGCUACCCUGCGGCACAAUGCUGGCAAAACGUCGUCUAUUCACAGAGAGAAAAAAAGAAUUUGACUGCUCAACGAAUGAGGGGGUCCAGUGUGGAGGGCACCAUCUCUGCAGAGAGCCCCCCACCGCCCCUGUCUUCAGUUCUGAGGAAUAACCCACUAUAUGGUGACAUAAGUUUGAAGGAAGCUAUGGAAGAAAGAAAGAAGAAUCCUUCGUGGACCAUCGAGGAAUAUGACAGGCGCUCCUUGCACACAAACCUUUCUGGGCAUCUGAAGGAAAAUCCCAAUGACCUACGGUUUUGGUUGGGAGACAUGUACACGCCAGGUUUUGAUACCUUACUGAAAAAGGAAGAGGAACAAGAGAAGCAUUCGAAAUACCGUCGUAUAGGUCUGAUUUUGCUCCUUGUUGCCUGCAUCUUGGUUUCCAUAGUGACUAUUAGCACCUUUUUCAUCUAA